GUACCUAAGGAUAAAACUGGCCUGAAGGGAAAAUCUGGGGGAAACUGGGGAGCUUGACUGUUCUUGCACCUGACCCUCUCAGCUGUCAGAUGUGGUGAUCUCCAUGGUAACUCAAACCCCCAGACUCUUGACAGCAGCCUGCGAGGAGCAACAUUCAGCAGCUCAAGGGUCUCACGACCAGAGCGUGGAUCACACUUCUCGUAGACCUCAUCAUAUUGAGGUUGGGCUAAGAUGAGCAUAACCAGUGACGAAGUGAAUUUCUUGGUGUAUCGCUAUCUCCAGGAAUCGGGUUUCUCCCACUCGGCCUUUACCUUCGGUAUCGAGAGCCACAUCAGCCAGUCCAACAUCAACGGAACACUAGUGCCACCUGCCGCACUCAUCUCCAUCCUCCAGAAGGGGCUCCAGUAUGUGGAGGCUGAGAUCAGCAUCAAUGAAGAUGGUACAGUAUUUGACGGCAGGCCAAUAGAAUCCCUGUCUCUGAUAGACGCGGUGAUGCCUGAUGUUGUUCAGACCCGACAGCAAGCGUUCAGAGAGAAGCUCGCUCAGCAACAAGCCAGUGCCGCGGCAGCAGCGGCAGCAACGGCAGCGACAGCAGGAGCAACGACGACCGCUGUUUCCCAGCAGAACACACCAAAGAACGGAGAAGCCACUGUGAAUGGAGAGGAGAAUGGGGCACAUGCAAUAAAUAAUCAUUCAAAGCCAAUGGAAAUUGAUGGGGAUGUUGAAAUUCCACCUAACAAAGCAACAGUCCUUCGGGGCCAUGAAUCAGAGGUGUUCAUCUGUGCCUGGAACCCUGUCAGUGACCUGUUAGCAUCUGGAUCCGGAGACUCAACAGCCAGAAUAUGGAAUCUCAAUGAAAACAGCAACAGCGGUUCCACUCAGCUAGUUCUGAGGCACUGCAUAAGAGAAGGAGGACACGAUGUCCCCAGCAAUAAGGAUGUGACUUCACUGGACUGGAAUAGUGAUGGAACACUAUUGGCUACAGGCUCGUAUGAUGGUUUUGCAAGAAUAUGGACAGAAGAUGGUAACCUUGCAAGCACCUUAGGUCAACAUAAAGGUCCAAUAUUUGCCCUGAAAUGGAACAAAAAGGGGAAUUAUAUUUUAAGUGCUGGUGUUGAUAAAACAACAAUAAUUUGGGAUGCUCACACAGGAGAAGCUAAACAGCAAUUUCCUUUCCAUUCAGCUCCUGCUCUGGACGUAGACUGGCAGAACAACACUACUUUUGCCUCCUGCAGCACUGACAUGUGCAUUCAUGUAUGCAGACUUGGCUGUGAUCGUCCCGUUAAAACCUUUCAAGGACACACAAACGAAGUUAAUGCAAUCAAAUGGGACCCAUCUGGCAUGCUACUAGCAUCUUGCUCCGAUGAUAUGACAUUAAAGAUUUGGAGUAUGAAGCAAGAUACCUGUGUACAUGAUCUUCAGGCUCACAGCAAAGAGAUUUAUACUAUCAAAUGGAGCCCUACGGGACCAGGCACCAGCAACCCAAACUCCAACAUCAUGUUAGCAAGUGCUUCGUUUGAUUCCACUGUUCGGCUGUGGGACGUUGACCGAGGAGUCUGCAUCCAUACAUUAACAAAACAUCAAGAGCCCGUCUACAGUGUAGCUUUUAGUCCUGAUGGAAAAUAUCUAGCCAGUGGGUCCUUUGACAAAUGUGUCCAUAUAUGGAAUACUCAGAGUGGAACUCUAGUACAUAGCUACAGAGGCACCGGGGGCAUCUUUGAAGUCUGCUGGAAUGCUAGAGGAGACAAAGUGGGAGCAAGCGCAUCAGACGGAUCGGUUUGUGUUCUAGAUCUGCGGAAGUAGAAGUGAAAUGUUUUAGAAGAAAUUUCAAAUGGACCAGCAGUGAAUGUGUGGGGAGAAGCACUCUUCAAAACUAUUCUUAACAGCUCCAGAACUGUACGAACUUGAACAAAGUUAGAGUGUACCGUGAAACCAACUCUCCCUGGCCGCAGGUGACUAGUAUUUUGUCCGUAACCUUCAUCAAGGAGUUAAAACGCAGUCACUUCAGAGGGGGAGGGAAUGGUUUCCACCUGGAACAUUCAGCCUUGGAAGCAUGAAGCCACCAGCUAGGCAUUGCACUGUUUGGUUUGCAUCUGAGAACUUGCUCUGAUGGCUGGGAAUAAAAAAAGCUGUGCCAAAAAAAAUUAAUAAUUAAAAAAAAAAAAAAAAGAAAAGAAAAGAAAAAAAAGAAAAAUGCUGUGAUAAACCAAAAGGGAAAAAAAAUCCUCCUCCAUGCGGUGUUGUAUUUUUUCCUUCCAAUUUGGACACUACAGUUGCUCUCCCAAAGGACGUUCAAAGACCAGUUUGUACUGAUGAAAUGCUCAACUUUGUAAUCACAACACUUUCUAUUUUCUAGACUACUUUUUUUGUUCCGUGUUUUUUCUAUCAGCUGGAAUAUUACAGCCUGGAGGAUCCCAGGCUUAGGAUGAAACUUUUGUUUUCCUUUUAUUUCUCCCUUCCACUCCCAACUUCUCCUUCCUUUUUUUUUUCCUCCUCUUUCUUCUUGCCCUUUUUUUAUUUUUUUCUUUUUUCCCUGUAUGCCCAUAGUAGAUGCAACCAGGUGGACGUGACAAUGAAAAUUUUUGACAGACUGCUUCUCCUCUCUUCUAUCUCUUCCUUUUCCUUUCUUUUUCUCCAUUU